UAAUGGAGAAACUGAUGCUGAGGAGCGAAACUAUGACUUUGAGGAUGAUGCCUACGAGUUAUCUCAACCCUUGGAUGAAAGCGAACUUGUACCUGAUGACGAUAAUAUUGAAAGCGACGCAGAUAAAGGAGACCCAGUCCUGCUGGUCAGCAUUAUCCGCCUACGAGACGACACCACAACAAAUUUCGCCACCAUAAUUGAAGAUUAUAACGAACAGGUACAAAUUAAAAACACCAAAUUUCCCGACGGUAAACAGCAAAAUUUGUACGUGCACGUACCCAGCGUAAGUCUUCAGAGUAAGAACGUUUUCCACUACGAGCAAAGACAAACCAGUCGCGUGGACCAAUUCACGCUCGGAUUGCACAACCUGACAGAACACGUUUCAAAUAUGAAGCAUCACGUCGCCUUCAUAAAACUAGAGGGCGACACGUAUUACGCCAUCACAGCCGGCAACGGAUGGCAAGUACUCACGCCGUACUCCGAUUCCGACUUUUUGUUCAAAAUUCCCGAACUAAUUUUAUGCGGGGAUGGUCCCCUUUGUCACAAGGCUAGAUGCGUUAUCGGCGAUAAGUUCAGGUUGAAAGAGAUUCAAGCAAAAAAGCCCGUUCCACUAGCCGAUCUGGACGAGGGCGACAUCUGCCUAACAUUUUCCGCCCCCUUAAAACCUGACACACCGGUCGGAAACUUAUUUCAAGGCGGAAACAUGCCCACCGUUGACGUUGGCGAGUGUCGCAUCAAAUUUCAUGCAAAACUCACGCUGGAUAAAACAAUACUCCUAAUAAAAACCAUGGAAGCCAUGUACCAGACCUCUGAACCAUUACAGGAAGGGAUAGAUUCCUUCCGACGCUACAUGCGACGUACACCUCUGGCUAAAACCAAGGAACUAAAUGCUGAACUAAUUAAACAGUUUAAAAGCUGGGUUAUGGAUUCCAGUAGCCUAUCCGGGAUUGAUAUUUGUCACAAGUUUGUCAAUGAGUAUGUCCAAGCUGACGAGAAAAAGCUGCAUUUUCGUGGGUAUAGUAAGACCAGAGAAGUGUUUCACCUUAAUAGAAAUCCGGGCAUUAACGAAAUUCUAGAGAAUAUUAGGGCUCAUCAAGCAAGCAUUAACGAAAGUAAAAAUCCCGCCAUAUUAAAAGACCCAGACAAUUUUCCUUACCUUUACACCAUCUCUUUUAUGAAAGGCUCCGAGAAAAUUGAUGAAGCCGUUAUGAACUACUUGGAAGGUGAAAUGGUUCAUGAAGGGAAGCUGUAUUGGAGAAUUGCUAAAUGCUGGUAUUACGUGUUGGACGAUUACAUAAAGAAAAUUGAUGAUAAAUUUCGCCAAAUAUUGCGAAACCAUUUAUUGCCUUCGGAUGACCCGGUGGGGUUACGUGUUCCGUGGGAUUAUUGGGAAGAUAGCAAAGCUAUCAAACUUGACGAAGGGUAUUACAACGAACAGUAUAAAGAAUUCCCAAAUUAUUACGUGGGGGAUAAAAAACUCACGUACUUUGAAAGUAUUGAGCUAGCAGAUAUUAUUUAUCGACGGGAUAAGGAAACCUAUUAUUUGUACCACGUUAAAAAUGGGUUUGACCACGUGGUCAGAGACGCAUGUUCCCAAAUUGUUAAUUCCGCUAGAUUGAUAAAUUCCGAGCGCAGAACGCAUAACGCACUUACUGCCAACAUUUCUAAGACAGAGACUUAUCUAAAGCAGAAAAUUGACAUGAAGAAUUGCGACACUACGAGAAAAUUAUUCCUUGGUAAACGAGUCGUUUUUGUGUACGGAAUCCUUACUUCGAAGCCAGGCAGAUCUUCAGAGGAAGAAGACAGGAGGUCCCUUUAA